AUGUUUGCGGACCUCAUCGGCAAGACAAUGAAGGUCUACGUAGAUGACAUGCUUGUGAAAAGUAUGGAAGUUGGGGACCACGUGACGCACCUCAACUACACCUUUCAAAUCUUGAAAAGAGGCCUUUCAGCUCCUGAAAAGGCACCUAGGGCAGGCCCCCUCCUCUCCAAACCGAAGCCUAGCGAGAUUUUUCAGCUGUAUUUGGCCAUCUCCAAUGAGGCCAUCAGUGCAGUUCUAAUCCGAGAAGAAGGGAUGACCCAACUCCCCAUAUACUACACAAGUAAAGCACUACUAUCGCCCGAAACCCGUUACCCUGAUAUGGAGAAGCUUGCUUUGGCCUUGAUCACGACUUCUAGAAAAUUGAGGCCCUAUUUCCAAGCCCACACCAUACAUGUGCUAACAAACUUUCCCCUGAGGGCGGCCAUCAAGGGCCAAGCCUUGGCUGAUUUUGUGGCAGAAUUUGUCAAUUUACCCGAGGUGGAUGAAAUCAUAGAAAAUGUCGAGCUCCCUACAUGGAACUUAUUCAUGGAUGGGUCGUUUGGGGACACCGGUUCAGGUGCCGAAGUUGUCCUCAUCAGCCCAGAAGGUCACAAGCUGAACUCGGCUAUAAGGUUUAUGUUCAAGGCCACCAAUAAUGUGGCAGAGUAUGAGGCACUUCUUGCGAGCUCCAGAUUAGCCAGAGAAAUGCAAAUCCCCCGUGUUGAAAAUGCACAUGCGGACGCACUCUCCAAACUUGCAAGUAGCAAGGAUUUCGAACUACUCACAAUAGUCCCAAUAGAGUACCUCCUCAUACCAUCAACCGAGGCCCCCAACGUAAUGUGGGUUGUUGGGACUCCUACCUGGAUGCAGCCUAUCAUAGCCUACCUAAAGGACCAGGUACUUCCCGCUAAUAAGCAUGAGACUUACAAGCUAAGGAGGAGGCCAGCUUAUUUCUUCUUCAUCGAUGACGUACUCUACAAGAGGAGCUUUUCCUCUCCACUCCUUCGAUGCGUGGGAAGAGAAGAUGCUACCUACAUCUUAAGGGAAGUCCACGAGGGAGUGUGUGGUAACCACUCUGGAGGUCUAUCUUUGGUGCAAAAAAUACGGAGACAGGGGUACUAUUGGCCUACCUUGAAAAAUGACGCCCUCCAGUUUAUACGAAAAUGUGACAAAUGCCAACGAUUCUCUCCUAUCCAAAGACAACCAUCGCAAGAUUUGACCGCGGUCUCCAGCCCCUGGCCUUUCUCAAAGUGGGGUGUGGACCUCAUAAGUCCUCUACCGAAAGGCAGAGGAGGCACGAACUUUGCAAUUUUCGGGAUUCUCCUCGUCUCAGACAAUAGUAAACAGUUCGACGAUAAGAAGGAAGCUUGA